CCCAAUCAACCAGAGUGCACGCGAGCGCUGCUAUUACUCUGAAGGAAGCACAUACUAACUAUACGAUGGUCUUCAAUCUACAUCGUCCAGAAGAAGCGUAGAAGCCUGCAGAACCGAAAUGGGCGGUCACGGAGGCCUCAAUAUCCUGCCGCAGAAGCGAUGGAACGUCUACAACCGGGAUAACCGGCUGAAGGUUGCUCAGGACGAGGCCAAGGCCCAGGCCAAAGAGGACGAGGCGCGGGAGCGGCACGAGCAGGCGGAGCGCGAGCACAGGCAUGCGCUGCUGCUUCGGAGAGCGGGCGGUGACGCGGGACUCGAACUGGGAGGCGGGGCUGAGGGUGACGGCGCAGCUGCGGCGGCGACAGACCAGGAGGGCGCAGAAGCAGGAGGCUCAGGGGCUGCGGACGGCCAGCCAGACAAGAAGUUGGAGCACAUCAACUUCUGGAAGGAGCAGGAGACGAAGCUGCAGCACCCUGAGAACGAGAAGGAGCAGCGCGAGGCGGCCAAGCGGCGGGGCAACCCUGACUUCUACACCAGUGACGCCAAGUUCGAUGAGCGGUUCGCGCUGGGGUACGGCAUCAUCGGAGGGGACAAGCCCUGGUACGCACAGCCGCUUAAACCCGAGCCACGGGAGCCGGUCGGUGGGGCGCUCGCCGCCCUGCCCGGCAGCGGCGCUGCCGCCAGCGCUCUACUCGGCGGCGCCAGGAGCAGGCAAUCCCAGCAGCAGCAACAGCUGCUAGUAGCGGCGCCAGCGUUGAGGCACGAUCGUGAAGGGCGCAAGCGGAAUCACAAGCGGAAACACGACAACCCGCCGACAGGCACGCACACGUCAUCAUCGUUAUCCUCAGACUACACGUCAGACAGCUCCAGUGACACAGGUGACAGCAACACUUCCUACAGCAGUAGCAGCACCAGCAGUAGUAGCGCUAGCAGUAGCAGCGGCAGCGAUAGCGACAGCAGCAUUGAUGAGCGCCAGCGGCGGAGGCGGCGUGAGCAUCGUCGCUCCUCAUCUCCUUCCGCCAAACGCGACCACCGGAGCCGCAGCCGCAGCCACAAGCGCGAUAGCAAAGCCCGCUCCUCCUCCAGGCACAAGAAGCCGAAAAGCAGCCGCGGCGGCAAAGACGGCAGCCGUCGCAGCCGCAGCGGUGGCGGCAAGGACCGCAGCGGCAAGAAGCGACGCCGCAGCGACGCUGCUGCCGUUGUAACCGCUGGCGGCGGUGGCGGUGGCGGCAGCGGCGGCUCCAAGUCCCUGGAGCAGCUGCGGGCUGAGCGCCUGGCUCGGGAGCAGGCAGAGCGUGCCAAGCAGCGCGGCGUCAUGGCGGGGCUGCCGGGGGCGCUGCCGGACGGGCCGCCGCAGAAGCAGUACAACAGCGCGUUUGGCUUCGCAGCGGCCAUGAAGCGCCGGCGCACGCAGUAGCUAGCUGUUAGGCGGGGCGCUAUCUACUAGCUGGUAGAAUGACACGUGCAAGGCCAGCUGAGGCUGCCGUGUAGAUAGCGGGUGUUACUGACUCUUGGCGUGUGGGCGGUGGGAACGGUGGGAGGAUUAGUUGUCCUGGCUGGUAAGAGGGCAAAUUGUAUGGCCGGGCGUGGUUGUGUCCGCAGGCUCACCAUGCAGGCGGAAUGAGCGUUGUGAAGGGCCUGCUGGCACCGCAUCGUUCCCAGAGGCACAAGCAGGUUGACGUAGGUGUACGUUGAGAAGAGGAUGAACUGCAGGCGAGACCUGCAAGGCAUGGGCGACAUUGCAGGAGUAGAUUUUGUCCGAGGUACGUAGUGCAAGAAGAGUGUGCGAUGGGACAGGGUUAAGGCAGAUUGAUUGGUGAAGUCCUGUAGGUGCAGCUGAUUCCCAGUCCCCAGCAGAUGGCAAACAACAACGGCACGUAUGUCCGAGGUAGUACAAGAUGGGGGUAGUGAGCACCAUCAUUCCAUCACUGAUACGUGGGAAGGAGGAUUGCAGUAAACCACUA